AUGAGCGUCGGCAGGUGUCCCCCGAGGUCACAGCCCCUGUGGAAGGAGUGGGACCAGAAGGCCCAGAAGAACGGGCUGAGGCAUCAGGUAUACGCCAUCAACGGUGACUGCUACACGGGCGAGUGGACAAAUAACAUGAAGCACGGAAAAGGAAUGCAGAUCUGGAAGAAGAAUGGAGCCAUCUAUGAGGGGGACUGGAAGUUAGGGAAGCGAGAAGGCUAUGGUACCCUCAGUCUUCCUAACCCAGAGACGGGAAAAUACAGGAGAGUUUACUCAGGCUGGUGGGCAGAUAAUAAGAAAUCGGGCUAUGGGACCCAGUUUUAUGGAACUACAGAAUAUUACGAGGGGGAGUGGUGUCAAAACCAGCGCUGCGGCUGGGGCCGCAUGUACUACAAGAACGGGGACAUCUACGAGGGACAGUGGCUGGAGGACAGACGCCACGGGGAGGGCAUGCUGCGUCUGAAGAACGGGAACCGCUAUGAGGGCCAGUGGCAGAAAGACAUGAAGAACGGACCAGGAUGCUUCUUCCACCUGGACCACGGCCAGCUGUUCAAAGGCUUCUGGGUGGACGACAUGCCCAAGUGUGGCACAAUGACCGACUUUGGCCGUGAACAGGCCCCUGCACCCACCAAGUUCCCCAUUCCUCAGAUCAAGAUCCAAGACCCUGAUGGCGUGCUGGAGGAGGCCUUGAGCUCAUUCAAGAAGACAGAGGUGGAAGAGGAGGAGGAAGAGGAAAGCCAAUACCAGAGGCCUGGCCCCACGGACAGACUGUCCUGGAGGCUGGGGCAGGACGAGGCCGUGGGGAAGGGACGUUAA